CAUGGCGGGAAGCUGGUCUCGCACCGAUGUUUUAAGCUCACCGAUCGGACUGUUUCUUAGCAACGCGCCGCCAACUAUUAGUGAAGAAACUUGACCACAGAUCGCUUACUUGACCGAGUUAUAUGGGUUUUUCUUUGUCAACAGUUAUUUAGUUCGGUGUGUGCAUCAUGGCUGCGGCCACUGGCGCUGGGGAAAACAUCUUGGACGCAAACUCACCCGCAAAUAAGUAUCUCCUGGAACUACUGGAUGAGAAAGGAAUGAAAGAUGCGGAGCCUUCGGAGCAGCGAAUGAUCACCGUGUUCCGAGUCUUAGACGACCUGCUGCCACAUCUUGGUCACUACUCAAAGAUAGCACAACUUAUCCGUGAUGAGCUGUAUGAUGCCGUCUACAGUCCAACGCUGACCAGCACAGCUGCCAAACAACCUGUCAGCAAUGCUGAUGCCACAACCUUCAUCCAGAAAGUACCAUACUUCACACUGGUGAAAAGAGUUUACGAUGAAAGGAACAUGAAAGCUGAAGAUCUACAGGACAAACUGGAUGCUGCAAAAGAAAGAUUGCGAGAAAAGCAGCAACAGUUUCAAGCUCUAGAAGCGGUUAACGAUGAGCUGAGGCAGGACAUUGAAGGUCUGAAUGACACAGUGGAGGGUCUGGAGUCUGAGAUUCAGGCCAGAAACCAGGACAUUAAAAAGUUGCAUGCAGAUAUGGAGGAGGACAAGAAUGGCUUUGAAAGGGCAAAAGCAUCGUAUGAACAAAACAUCUCCAAUCUACGGGCAGACAUACGCAGGCUGACUGAAGAGCUGAACUACAUGACACAAUACAAGACCAACUUUGACAAAAUGCAAGAAGCAUUCCACACCAUGUACCCUACAGACUCCAUGCCUAAGAGAAUGUUAAAAAGAAAACCUGUGCUCACAAGUAAAAAGGCCAAUCUUGUGACAGACAUUGAGAAUGUUAAGAGACUGGAAAGCCAGAUGUUGUCCAUCCAAAACUCCCUGUUGGAAGAGUUUGAUGCCUACAUGGAAGCCCACUUGCUGCAGCUCUCGUCAUGUGUCCAGACGGACAACGUCAACGACCCAAACUACUCUGACAACGAGAUGCAGAUAGACAAACUGGAUGUGGAGCUUCAGUGUACCCAGGAGAGGUUCCAGGCUUCCGUAGCGGAGUUAGGUAACGAGCUGGCGCUGAUCCGGCAGCACAAGGACGCGCUGACCAAGGAUCUACAGGACAUGGAGGAGGCACGACAGCAGCAGGAGGAGGAACAGCAGCAGCGGAUGAAGACUCCAGGCAGCGGGAGGAAGUCCGGCCGCCCCGGCAGUAAGCCGGGAUCAGCCGGACGGGAGGGUCUCAGGUCCAGAGGUAGAGAUUCAGCCAUGUCCCUCCAGAGUGGCCUGGAUGAGGAGGAGAAAGCAGGGGACGGAGGAGCCAGCGAUGACCCCUUCUCCCCGCACGAACACAUCCUCAGCAAGUACUCCGCCAUGCUGUACUUCUCCACAAACUUUGGCAGGAACUUUGAGGAGUUCAAAGAGGGUGCCUUCUGCCCCAGCUGUGGUGAAAAGACAGUCAUAUGUCCUCACAAGGUCACCACAAAGGACAAGGUCUUUAUACUACCUAAAAACUGCACCCACAUCAAAGUGGUACGACCCAAACUGAGGGUGAACAUUGAAGUUUCCGACACGGUACAGGGGCCGCAGCAGUCGGAGGUUAACGUUGAUGGGAAAUCGAAAUCAGCUGCUUCGGUUAGUUCCACAAGGCGUAUGUCUCAAACCAGUUCUAACCAAGGCGUCUGCGCUCUGCACUCAGACCAAGAGACGCCAGGAGACAGCAGGAGACGCACAAGUGUUGCCACGUCGGCAAACUUACUGAACGGAGACAGCAGUGAGGACGAAUCAACCAUCAAGAACACUACGCAGCAGAUCUGGGUAGAUUACAGGAAACGGUCUAAUAUUGCGAGGGCCGUCGCCCGUCCUCUCAGCCAGGAGCGUGUCCUGUCAAUCAUCGAACAGUUCUACGCCACCCUGGUGUUCCAAGAUGACUGUGGAAUGGACGACGAGCCCACCCUGUCCUUUGUGGAUGCCCUGUAUGCCUUCUUCUCCGAGAGAUACCUGGAUGACGAGGUGACAUACCUGGCCGCGUACGAUUUCCUGACAGGUGUGGUACAACAGGUGAACAUCAGCCGCACGGUCCACAUGUUCGCUCUCCUGCUGGCCGGACACCUGGACGCCUCAACCAUGCGAUACAUCGUGACGGUCGCCGACCUGAUCGAAGCUGUCGAGUGGAAGGAAGUCCGCGACUUUGAAGCCUUCGCGGAGUGCAUCUAUCCCUUCUUGCAGGAGGACGAGAUCGAAACCGUCUCCAUGAGCUACCAGUCCUUCAGCGAGAACAAGAUCUCGAAAACCUUGGUGAUAGAGUGGGUCAUGAACGCCAUCCUGAGGGGAAGGGAGCCCAGAAUGAAGGACGCUGAAGUCAAGUUGUUCUUACAUCCCGGAAAGGAACCCGGAUCUAUGACGGAAGGAGAGUUUGCCAACGCCAUGGAGUCCAUCUGUCCGCUCGCAUCGGACAAGUUGAGAAUGCGUCUGUUUGCCGAGAGUUCUGCGCUCCUGAAGACCAGCGCAGUGGACGUGAGCCGACUGACCCCCAUCGCCGGCUAUCUCAUGUUCCUACAGAUACUCCCCCUGCUCAAGGACAGCAUCGGCAAGCGAGUCGCAAAGGCUCGCAGUCAUCCCCGCAGCGGCACGGUUCCCGUCACCAAGAUGGAGUUUGAGACGCGGAUAGUCAUGGACAAGGGUAGGCUGAUGAAGAUGUCUACCCUGAGGAGCAUGGCCAAUAAUGUAGCCAGGAGGAAGAGAGCCAGGGGCAUGAGGAGGAUCGCCAAGUACCAAGGGAUGCUGGAUGAUGAUUAGUAUUAUGCUCUCUCAUCUUCCAAUGGGACCUCUCUAAGGUGUAGCUUAAAAGUUUAUCUGUGUGGGUAGAAUCCAUUCCGUAGCAGAAUUUAAGUAUAAUUUCCAACAAGGAAGAUUUACAUGUACCCAAAUUUUCAGCACCACUAACUAGACUAGGACUGGGCAGUUCACUGCAUCUGUGACUUCAUUUAAGGCAGAUAGAACACAUACAUGUAUUCUCAUUGGGCAGUAGAUCACAGACAUAGACAAGAAUAGUUUCAUGUGUAUAUAAUGUUUAAGAGACACUGCCUUGGACUGUAUGAUGUGCCUUUUUAGAUACAGUAGUAAGACUGAAGGUUACAAUGCUGGUGAUCAGAAUCAAAUGUAUGAUUUUAUCCAUGAAAUCAUAUUUUUUCCCGUGUGAAGAAUUUUGAGAAAAGGGAUACCGAUUUCUCUUCAAACUGUAACGUUUCAAGUGUAAAUUAUUGUAAACUUUUUAAAAAAGCAAGCUGUAAGGAGAAGUAACAUUAACAUGAUGGCAAAUUGUAUAUUAAGUAUUUACAAUUUUGUAUAAAGUUGUCUGAAAUUUGUAUAUUUUUGUAUGGGAGAUGAUUUGUAUCAAUUUAAAAAAAUGGGACCUACUCGACAGUG